AUGGGCUGUACCGUUAGAGAGAAACAUAUCCGCACAAAUCGGAGAACCCGGUCGGUGAAACCCGAAUCCGAUCAACCCACCUCCGCAAACAAGGACGGCAAUGUCGAUAAACCGGCGAACGCCAAAACCGGCGUAAAACCUAAGAGUUACCAAAUGGGCCUCCACGCCCUGUCACAGUGCCCGGUGUCCGGCCCGAGUUCCGCAUUCGACGAUAACGGGUGGGGUUACUGCACUGAGGAGCAGCUGGAGGAUAUUCUGCUCAAGAAUUUGGAGUAUUUGUAUAACGACGCCGUUAACAAGCUGGUGGCUUUGGGCUAUAAUGAGGAGGUGGCUUUGAGGGCGAUUUUGAGGAACGGCCACUGUUAUGGUGGGAUGGACGUCCUCACAAACAUCUUGCACAACUCAUUGGCCUAUCUCAACAGUGGAAGCACCCCUGGGUCAGAUGAGGAAGACGAGCCCGAGCCCUCGUUUGCAGACCUGAGGCAGCUGGAGGAGUACUCACUUGCAGGCAUGGUUUGUUUACUGCAGCAGGUCAAACCCCACCUGAGCAAAGGGGACGCCAUGUGGUGCUUGCUGAUGAGCGAUCUCCAUGUCGGCCGUGCCAGCAUGAUUGAAAUUCCGGUCGUGCCCUCCCCCAGUGGGAGCACGAGUGGCUGCGAGGGUGCCUUGACGGGCAGUGUUGGGGAUGGGCCCCACAGCACGGGCCCCGUUGGGGUCGCCCCUGCACUGUGCAGGUUUCACGGUGGCUGGGGGUUCGGCAAUGGCGGCACAUCCAAGUUCCCGGCGAACAGGAUGGGUGGAAUCCUGUCGUAUGCGUCCGAAAUGGCUCUGCAGAGGGAGAUCGAAUGCCCCAGGAGGUUCAACCUGAGCCCCUCCAUGAGGAGCCUGCUCAAGAGGAAUGUUGCCAUGUUCGCCGCAGGUUUCCGAGCGAAUGCGAAGCAAUUUCACAGUCAGUCACAGGCGUGCCCAAGCUCCCUGUCCGGCGGGAUCGCGUCUGGGCUGCCGCCUCCGGCCGGUGAGGAGACCCAGCACUCUAACAGUCUCGACGUGGUAAACUCGGUCAUGAGCAAAUUCCGGGACCUGAACCUGGAUGAAAGCACGGAGCACAUGGCCCUGGACCAGAAGGAUGAGAUGAUCCUGAGCCUGGUCCACCAGAUAAAGGACCUGGAGAAGCAGGUGAAGGAGCGCAAGGAGUGGGCCCAACAGAAGGCCAUGCAGGCCGCUCGGAAGCUGAGCCACGACCUGGCCGAGCUCAAGAUGCUGAGGAUGGAGAGAGACGAGAUUCAGGGGCUCAAGAAGGGGACGCAGACACUGGAGGAAACUACCAUGAAAAGGCUGACUGACAUGGAGGGUGCCCUCAGGAUGGCCAGCAGCCAGGUGGACCGUGCGAAUGCGUUUGUUAGGAAGCUUGAGACGGAGAAUGCAGAGAUUAAGGCAGAGAUGGAGGCUUCCAAAUUGAGUGCAUCCGAGUCGGUCACGACAUGUUUGGAGGUGGCCAAGAGGGAGAAGAAAUGCCUCAAGAAGCUGCUUGCCUGGGAAAAACAGAAAGCCAAGGUUCAGGAGGAGAUUGCGGCUGAGAAACGGCGGAUCAUGGAGCUGGAGCUCGAGCUGGCUCAAGUGGAGGUGGACACCAAGGCAGCCGAGGCCAAGUGGAGACAGGAGCAAAAAGCCAAAGAAUUAGCACUCGAGCAAGUAGAAGAAGAAAGGCACCUCAAAGAAGCCUCCGAGGCCAACAACAAGAGAAAGCUCGAGUCCCUCCGCCUCAAAAUCGAGAUCGACUUCCAAAGACACAAGGAUGACCUCCAACGACUCGAACAAGAAUACUCCCGUCUCAAGGAAUCUUCUCAAUCCGAGGAUGAGAAUCAAAUGAACGACUCGUGGACAGAGACUGUGAAACCCCCAAAAGGCGGUGAAACAAUAGCAAGGCUUCUGCACGAGCUCGACCAGACCCAAGAAGAAAAGUCAACUUGCUGUGAUUGCGAGUGCAUGAUCUGCAUGAAAGACGAGGUUUCUGUCGUUUUUCUUCCUUGCGCUCAUCAGGUUAUAUGUGCCAGCUGUAAUGAAGGCUACGGGAAUAGGCGGAAUAAAGCUGUUUGUCCGUACUGCCGUGUCCCAAUCGAGCAGAGGAUUCGGGUUUAUGGGGCCAGCUCGUGA